GCAGCAAAAAUUUUACUUUUCUACAUUAUAUUCUAUGCGGCGUUAACUGGAUUCUUUGCUGCCGUAUUUGCGGUGUUUUAUCAAACACUGGAGGCAGAUAAACCCAAAUGGAUGCUUGACAAUGGAUUGAUUGGAUCGAAUCCAGGUCUUGGCUUCCGACCAAUGCCCCCAGAGGCGAAUGUUGAGAGCACUUUAGUUUGGUACGAAUCAUCGAAGAAAGACAAUUAUAUGUAUUGGGUUGAGGAAACUGAGCGAUUCCUGAGAUAUCACACCUAUGACGAUUUACCCAAGAAGAAUCAAGUGAACUGCUCGUUCGAGCAUCCGCCACCAGAGGGCAAAGUCUGUGGCGUUGAAGUUUCUAGUUUUGCGCCCUGCACUCUUGAAAAUAACUUUGGUUAUCACGUGGCCAGGCCCUGCAUAUUCCUCAAGUUGAAUAAGAUUUACAACUGGGAGCCACAGAUUUACGAUUUAACAAAUUUGCCCAAAGACAUGCCAGAGGGCUUGAAACACCACAUCAAGGAGAAGCAGAGCCUGCGACCAAAUGAGACUGCCGUUGUUUGGGUAUCGUGCGAGGGCGAGAAUCCAGCUGAUGUUGAAAACAUUAAGUCACGCGAUUAUUAUCCUCGCAUGGGUUUCCCCUCAUUCUAUUUCCCAUUCAAAAAUAUCGAGGGCUAUAUACCGCCAAUUGUGGCUGUACAAUUUACCGUUGAAACCGGCGUAUUGAUCAACAUUGAGUGCAAAGCCUGGGCUCGCAACAUCAAACAUGAUCGUUCGGAUAGGAGAGGAUCCGUCCACUUUGAGUUAAUGGUCGACUAAGAUACCCAACAUGGAGCAAAGCAUCAUCAGUGAAUGAGCG